AUGGCUGCAGUUGGAACAGACAAGGAACUAAGCGACCUCCUGGAUUUCAGCGCGAUGUUUGCCCCACCAGUAGCCAAUGGAAAGAACAGGCCCAUGACCCUCGCCAGCAGUCAGUUUGGUGGAUCAGCUAUAGACGAGCGCAGUGGCUCAGGGUCCUGGGGAUCAGCUGAACAGAACAGUCCUUCCUUCAGCCAAGGACCAAGGGGUUACGCUGAAGGAUCCCACUACAACGAACACGAGGCCUUGUCCUCGCCUUUCCUCAGUUCUGGAAUAACAGGUAAAGCUGAGAGGCCACCAUACCCCCCCUUUGGAAGUCAGCCCGGGUUUCUUCCCAGUGACAUCGCGUUGCCAAGUCCGGAUGCCAUGUCUCCCUCUGGUCUGAAGUCCAGCUCCCAGUUUUACCCGUCGUACACGAACAAUCCGAGGAGAAGGCCUCCGGAGAGCGGCAUAGACUCUCAGCCAAAGAAGAUUCGGAAACCCCCCGGUCUACCAUCCUCGGUGUAUGCUUCUACAUCAGGAGAUGAGUAUGCCAGAGAUGGCAGCGGAUAUCCUGCUGCUAAAUCUGGAGCCGUCUACCCAGGCUCUUUCUACAUGCAAGAAGAUCCCUGGUCAUCCUCUGGUUAUUCUGCCAUGCUGGGGAAUGCGCACCUCGGGCAGCCAGGCUCCUUCUCUGCGCUAAACCCACAGGACAGGAUGAAUUAUCCUCUACACGGCAGUGAGGUCAACGGCUUUCACCCCCCACCCACCACAUACAGUCACACACCAGCCAUCAAUGGGGAAGGGAUUAUGGCUACUCGCACUACUGCUGGCAGCUCGGGCGAUGAAAUUGGCAAAGCUCUUGCCUCGAUUUACCCGUCGGACCACAACAGUAAUAACUUCUCAUCGGCCCCAUCGACACCUGGGUCUCCUCAGGGAAUCACAGGAGCUCCGUCUCAGUGGCAAAGACCUUCCACACCCAGCUAUGAAGGGCCACCUCACGCACUGCAAAAUAAACUGGAGGACCGUUUGGAGGAGGCCAUCCAUGUCCUACGCAGUCAUGCUGUAGGCCAGCCUGGUCUAGAGGGAGCCCACCCCGACAUGCACAACCUGCUUUCUGCAGUGCACAAUGGGGCCCUCGCGGGCCUCUCUCCUGCUUUCCCCAGCGCCAGUCUCGCUUUAAGCAACAGACAUCCUGCAAUGGGGGGGAAAGAUGAGGAGGCUGCCAGUCUUCCUCCCAGCAGCACUCUUCUCCACGGUCAUCACGCAUCUGGACCCACACAGUCAGCUGGGCAGCCUGAAGGCUUUAGCAGUCUCCCUGGGGGCAUGUCCCGCUCUUCACACUCCUCCAGCAGCUCAGACAUCAAGAGAGAAGACAAAGAAGAUGACGAGAAUUCAUCGGUGGCAGACAAAUCUGAUGAUGAGAAGAAGGAUUCGAAAGCCCGCAACCGCAGCAGAAGGGAGGCGUUCGCCCUCCAGAUGAUGUCUGCCCUGUCAGAUCCCAAAGAUGAUGAUGAUCAGUUGAAUGAAGACGACGAGGACUUGCCCCCGGAGGUGAAGCUGGAGCGUGAAAAGGAGCGGCGGGUCGCUAACAACGCCCGAGAGCGUCUCCGGGUACGGGACAUCAACGAAGCGUUCAAGGAGCUCGGGAGAAUGUGCCAGCUGCACCUCAGCCACGACAAACCUCAGACCAAACUCCUCAUCCUCCAUCAGGCUGUCAACGUCAUCCUCAAUCUAGAGCAGCAAGUCAGAGAGCGAAACCUCAACCCUAAAGCAGCAUGUUUAAAGCGCAGAGAAGAGGAGAAAGCGAUGGACACAACUCAGUCGGUCACAUGUAACACAAGAUUGACGGUGUUUCCUUGCCUGUUGGAGGAUGUGGCCUUAACAGUUUGCUUCCACCCAUUAUUCUGUGCAGUAGAGAGGGCAGCCUGGUGUAGUGGGGUCCUACGCUGCCAUUAUCAACAAGCACUGCUGCAGAAGGUCAGGAUGGUGCAGAAAAUACUCAACAAAAUCAUCGGGAGUAAAUAUAUAUCCAUCGUGAGGACGUGGGUUCCCAACAUGGUGGCCUGGGGGACGGUGGGCGGUGUGGCGCUGGUCCACUUCACAGACUGGCGGACGAGUGAUGGCUGGUUAAAGUGGACCACAUCUGAGAUCGAGACCGUGUCGCUCCGUCGCUCCAGUCUUUCCAAACUACCAGAAAAAUGA